ACGGAAGUAGCGCCAUGAACUUCCGGUUUCCUCCGGCACGUUUCUCCUUCCGCGGUUUUGUUGAACGAAAAGCAAACGAGAGAUCGUCGGCUUUGAGAAAAUACUCUAAAAAUGAGCAAAGCACACCCACCCGAGCUCAAGAAGUUCAUGGACAAGAAGCUUUCGUUGAAGCUGAACGGAGGCCGUCACGUUCAGGGCAUCCUGCGAGGGUUCGACCCCUUCAUGAACCUGGUGGUGGACGACACUCUGGAGAUGGGCCCCGGGGGUCAGCAGAACACCAUCGGCAUGGUGGUCAUCAGGGGAAACAGCAUCAUCAUGUUGGAGGCCUUGGAGAGAGUAUGAGAGACGGAGGAGAUGGAGGAAAAGAUUCAGCCGCAUCGUUUUACUUUAUGUUCUCUCUCUUUUUUAGUUCUUGAGACAAACCAGUUGUGUGUCUGCACUGUAAGAUGUUUGCCUGAUUUCUGUUAGGACGUGUUUUGAAAUGUUUAAUCUUGUGAAUAAAUUUUUUCCUUUGUAA